AUGCCUCUGAAGGAGCAUGAUGAUGCCCCUCAACGGCGACCAAAACGGUCGAAUCACGCAAUCGUUGCUGCGCUCCUCUUCUUCGUUGCUACUUUCUGGUUUACAACCACCGCUCCUGGCUUCACGAUAGGGCGCCAUGGCUAUGGCCACAAGCUCACAGUUGAGCAAAGAGCCGCUAUAAUAUUAAAGAAGCACCCGCUCAUUGAUGGCCACAACGACUUGAUGAUUUUCAUUCGUGGAAAGUACAAGAACCACAUCUAUAACAAUGAGUUCCAAGAGAAGUUUGAGAACGGAGGUCUCGCGCAGCAUGUAGACAUCCCUCGGUUAGAGAAGGGAUUGCAAGGCGGCGCUUUCUGGAGUGCUUUCUACGUAUGCCCAACGGGAGAGAACACUACAGACUUCUCGGAUGAAAGGUACUCCAGCAUCGUAAAGGCCACACUUGAGCAACUUGACUUGUACAGGCGUCUUGGAGAAAGCUACCCAAAGUACUUCGCUUCCUCAUCAAACAGUCACGAAGCAGCCAAGGCAUUUGAGGACGGUCGCCUUAUCUCACCUGCCGCUAUCGAGGGCCUGCACCAGAUCGGCAACUCGGUAUCGAAUCUGCGCUUGUACCACCAACUUGGAGUCCGCUAUGCAACCCUUACCUGGAACUGUCACAACAAGUACGCAGAUGCUGCUUUGGAAACAAAGUACAACUCCGACGCUCGCAUUGCGACUCCGUACUGGAAAGGCCUUAGCCCUGCGGGACGUGACCUUGUCAAGGAGAUGAAUCGUCUCGGUAUGCUCGUCGAUCUUGCUCAUGUCAGUACAGACACUAUGAGGGAUGUUCUUGUCGGCAGGGAAGACGAAGAUUGGAAAGGCAGUCUUGCGCCGCCGAUCUUCAGCCACAGCUCGGCCUACGCGGUUUGCCCUCAUCCUCGUAACGUCCCAGACGACAUACUUCAUCUCGUGAAGCAGCGCAAUUCUGUCGUGAUGAUCAACUUCAACCCAGAUUUCAUCUCCUGCGUUUCCGGCAAUUCGUUAUCUGGUCUUCCCGAGACUGUACCCGCAAACGCUACGCUGAACCAAGUUGUUCGUCACAUCAAGCACAUUGGCGAGCUCAUUGGGUACGAGCAUGUUGGCAUUGGUACAGAUUACGACGGCAUCGGAGCCACGCCUGCUGGACUCGAGGAUGUCUCAAAAUUCCCAGAUCUGAUUACUGAGCUCCUGCGACAAGGUAUCAGCGACAAAGAUGCUGCUAAGAUCGCAGGCGGGAAUGUUCUGCGAGUGUGGAAGGAGGCCGAUGCAGUUGCCAGGAGGCUGCAGAAGCAUACGAAACCGUUAGAGGACGAUAUUAAAGACCCGUGGUAA